CGCCCCCUACCGCCAGCGGGAGUCCGCCCGCCUGCACGUGAUGCUCCCAGAGAGUAGAGUAUGCGCUUGCGCGGACACACCCCAUUCCGUCCGCCCCAAGAGCCCCGCCCAAACUUUUUUCCUCACCUUACGGCAGAGCUGGGAGCUCUGCCUUAGAUUCUCCCUUUACUGAGCAGUAAUGUCGCAAGGUUGGGAUCGAAAACUCAAGGUUUGCGACCAUAGCUCUCGCUUUCCGGCCGAUACAGAGGUUCCUGAAGGCUGGUGGAGGUGGUGGGGCACCACGCAGCUUCUGGAAUUUCUGAGCAGUCCUGGUCAGUACACGAUGGACCCUGUAGUCUUGAGUUACAUGGACAGUCUACUGCGGCAAUCAGAUGUCUCACUAUUAGAUCCUCCAAGCUGGCUCAAUGACCAUAUUAUUGGAUUUGCCUUCGAGUACUUUGCCAACAGUCAGUUUCAUGACUGCUCUGACAGAGUCUGCUUCAUCAGUCCUGAAGUCACCCAGUUCAAGUGCACUAGCAACCCAGCAGAGAUCGCCAUGUUCCUUGAACCCCUGGGUCUCCCGCAUAAGCAAGUUGUAUUUUUAGCCAUCAAUGAUAAUUCCAACGAAGCUGCUGGGGGAACCCACUGGAGUUUGCUGGUUUAUCUCCAAGAUAAAAAUAGCUUUUUUCAUUAUGAUUCCCAUAGCAGGAGCAACUCAGUCCAUGCAAAGCAGGUAGCUGAGAAAUUGGAGGCUUUCUUAGGCAGAAAAGGGGACAAACUGGCCUUUGUGGAAGAGAAAGCCCCUGCUCAACAAAACAGCUAUGACUGUGGGAUGUACGUGAUAUGUAACACUGAGGCCUUGUGUCAGAACUUGUUUAGACAACAGCCAGAAUCACUAUUACAACUACUCACUCCUACAUACAUCACAAAGAAGAGGGGAGAAUGGAAAGAUCUCAUUGCCAGACUUGCUAAAAUUAGCUAUCAUAUAUUUGUGUCUUUUGAAGUCUCUUUCUGCCCAUCCCUGUUUGUUGGAUGGUUGACAUCUCAGUGCCUGAGAGAAGAUGCCUGGUAGAGGCAAGCUUAGGGUUUUUUCUUUUUCCUGAAAGAAUGUCCUUCUCUGCAUUAUCCUAGUGAAAAGUUUCAUUUUAACCCUAAUUUAAAAAACACUAUGUUCUGUGAAAAUGUCCUGAAGUUAAACACCAAAACCUUAAACCAAGCUAUUUUAACAUUUAUUAAUUCCCUUUUAGUCUCCCUUUGCUUAUUCCAUUGCUUAUUCCAAAGGAAAAACAGUAACCUGUAAAACAAGAAUAUGUGAAAUCUAGAGGAAUGCAAGAAAAAAAUGAUAGAAGAACCAAAAAAUUAUUGUACAGUCCACUGGCUGGAAGUGGAUCAAGCCCUAACUUAAUUCAAGAUCUAAGUAUUAUAAGAAUCAGUUAUUCACUUCCGUGAUAUCUCUUCCAUUCACCAUGCAAAGCUUUCCUAUCAGCAUACCCUUUGCAAAGAUUUGAUAAAGAUGAUGUUGACCCAUCUUCCUCCAUCUGAUUCCUAGAUGCUUUAAGAAAGGGGGCAUCUUGAGUAAUUUCAUUAAAUUAAAUCGCUCUGAUAGACCUCUGUGCUCUGUGAGCAGUCAAUUUGCUACUCUGAAUUGAUAAAUGCUUUCCUUAACCUUGUGUGUUAGCCAUGCACACUCUCCUUCCUUAUAUCCAAAGUCCUAUGGUGUUAAAACUCAUAGCUUAUAUCUUCCCAAGGUUAUCUGUUAUUUCAGAUAAGUAUUUCUGCUUUCUGAUAAUCAUAGUUGUUUUUUUUUCCUCUCCUCUCUACCCUUAAUCUGGCAGAAGUGUUUUCAGUUAUAACAUGAUGAUUUCAGGACUAUAUAUAAUAUCUGAAAUUUACAGACUGAAAAAUUGGUUUGUUUUUGAGAAACAAAGGAGAAAAUGUGGCCUUUCUCAACCUUUUUGCUUAAUUCAAAAUGCAGACAAUUUAAUUUUUAAAAUGUGGAGCCAAGGGCGAAAAGAAAUCCUGUCCCUUCUAAAUCAUUGAUUUUUUCUUAGAGUUAUUUCAAAUAAUUAACAACCAGAUGAUACUUUGGGUAUACAUAUUAAUUCUAUUCCUAAUGAGAAUUGGAGUUCAAUGAUUACGACACUUGAAAACCAAAGAUUUGCUUCAGACAUGAAACUGACUUCGGCUACCUCCCCAGCCUAACCCUGCCCCCAGCCCUCAUGGCCCAAAAUAACCUCACUACCCAGUGACCACAGAGGCAGUAACUCAGUUCCUUUUAAUUAGGGAGGGAAAACACAGUGUAAAUAAGUACUGGUUACAUAGCAGGCCUGAGUGAACACAAGCUGAAACUAAAAGAGAAAGCUAUAAAAGUUUCCAUUUCAAGUCGAUAUGUUUUGGAUAAAAAAGACUUAAUGGAAGACGGGGCAGAAAAAAAA